AUGGCCACUCCAAGCGAGAAUGUCGCUGCCCGGAACUGUGGGUGCAGCGAUAAUUGUCGUCCUCCCAAGAAACCCGUUAGGUAUAGAUUCAAUUUUAUGAAGCAUAUGAACGUCCGCCAGGGAAACUACGAAACCAUCACCUCAAUGGCAUAUCUGGCGGAGAAAUAUGGCGAGAAACGUGCGGAAAACAUCGCCCGCUUCGUAAAAUGUAUCCACAGGCAGAUCAACAGCGGUGUUAAUAGAAUCUCGGAUUUACAAGUCAACAGCUUGCUGCCUUGGACGAGGGUAAGACUGUUUCUGCUCUUGGUAACGCUUUCACAAAAGGGCGGUUCUGAUUACUGGACUCAAUCUGACGGAGAACCGCGAGAUUUGUGGAAAUCCAUGAUCAAGGAAAAAGAACCUCAGAAACAGGCAGUUGAGCCUGAACAAGAGCGACCUUACGGAACACUUAUAGAGGAAAUUAUGCGACAAAAUAUCAACAAGAAUUUCAAGGAGUCAGAACAUGACGAAAAUUACGUUUUCAGUUCGAUAUGGGCCAACUUCAUGGAGGGCCUCAUCAACCACUUUUUGGAAAAAGUAAUCAUACCGAAUAGCGAGAAAAAGGUGUGUCAACAACUGUACAAGCCAAUGAUGAAGAUAAUAUCGCUUUACAAUGAAUACAACGAUCUAAUGGAAAAAAGCGAGCGGAACGGGUUUUUACCUGUAAAUCAAGAACCUCCCUCAGCAUCGGAAGCGGCGGCGUCAGAAAGUUUGUCCGAAAACGGUAAGCUUCAAACAGCACAGCGACUUUUAUGGCAAGCUCGUCAGGAUAUUCCGAAAACCAUAAGCAAAGAGCUCACUUUACUGUCUGAAAUGUACGCGACACUAUCAGCAGAUGAGCAAGAUUUCGAACUUGACGAAUUUGUAUGCAGCGCGGAGGAGUAUAUCGAAUUAGAAUUCCUUCCAUCUCUGAUCGAAGUCCUCUUCGCCAACUGCGGCUCUGCGAAUUUCUGGAAAACCAUGAUCGUUUUAGAACCAUUUUUUUACUACAUUGAAGAAGUGGCAGAUGAGGAAAACUCAAAUGUUCAGGAAGAGCCUCAUAAGCCAGACCCAAGAGUGGUGACUUUGGAGAAGAUCUGUCAAGUAGCAGCUGAACAGGACUGGAUUUAA